CGGUAGUGCUCAGUGUGUCCUAGGCUGUAGCCUCGUGUUCAGCGAGCGCAGAAGUCAGCGACAGGUGAAAUUAUAAGGGUCCUCCAAGGGGCUCGUCUCAAUCAUCAAUCUCCAUGCAUGGGUCUCCUGAAGACGUGAAGGCAGCGCUAUACAAGCAGCGAAGCCUUGAAGAACCCUUUUGAAGCUUAGAGUCGGGACAAAUACUUGCUUUUUAUCCAUGGGUUAGCUGUGGCGCCUGCAAGUUUUGGACGGCGUGAGUUUCAUGCGGCAGCGGCCCAUGUCCUCUGAGAUUGCAAUCUCGCCCCAAGAGAGGGAAUGCUGCUAUGGACCCCAGCGGUAACCUAGACUACCUGGACACACAAGAGCAGGAGGAGAUCAUUGCGUCACUGGAGAGGAGUAAUGCUGUUCAAAACCGCGUGUGGCGGGGGGUGUUCAGCCUCCUGGGUGCUGGGCUGGCGCUCUUCUUCUUGCGCUCUGCCGCACUGCAAGCGCGCGCGCCGUGGGAAAGGCAGUACCAUGCCCACUUCGCAGGAGUCUUGUCGCAGGGGACCACCGUGGUCGCAGACGUAUCCACUGCUGGGGCCAUUCUGUGUGGCGGCCUAGUGCUGCAUGCUGGCAGUCGGGCCGUCCUGCACCGCGCGCUCGUGGCUGCCACCCUGCUGCUCAGCCUGGCCACCGCGGCCUUCUGGCUGGGGGCCCUGCGGACUGUGGGAAGCUGGCGCAACUUCUGGCUGACGAUGUCCCCACUGUUCGGAAUUCUUUGCUUGUAUGUAGACCACUCACUCCAAAGCACAACAUUACAGAUCAAUAGGUUGCGAGCCUCCAAGUAUCGCUUCAAGAAAGCAUGAUAGACACUUGACUUUGUGCAGCGCCAAAUUGCAACCAGAAAGUCAUGUUAGAUUCAAUGAUUUGUAACUUUGCGUAGCUUUACCUAUCACAACAUUUGAUAAUAGAUGGUGGUGCAAGCAAUGGAGCCCGGCCUAGCUGUCUUCAACAGGCUCAGGCUGCUCUCACAACUGUCGUGAGCCCAAAGACUUUUCACGAGACUUUGAACAAACUACAUUGUUGCGUGAAUAUCAUUGCGAAGCGCGCC